AGCUCCGGCCCCAGCGCCAGGAAGGGGAAAGGGCAGAUCGAGAAGAGAAAGCUGCGGGAGAAAAGGAGGUCGACAGGUGUGGUGAACAUCCCGGCGGCCGAGAGCCUUGAUGAAUAUGAAGAUGAUGAAGCAGGGCAGAAGGAGCGAAAGAAGGAGGAUGCUAUCACCCAGCAGAAUACGAUACAAAAUGAGAGUUCCAGUGCAGAUUCCACUGGAUCAUACUUAAUACAGGACUCCUCCAGGAUGGUUUCGAGCAGAUAUAAAAGUACAGGUAAUGCUCCGGAAGAUGAUGCUCUAAAUAGAUAUUCCCGAACGGAGAGGACAACUUACAGCAGAUACAGCAGGGAUGCAAACUCUUCUGGGAGUUCUGUACCAAGUAAUGCUUUGGAAAAGAGGAUUGAGGAACUUGAAAGGGAUCUUGCAAAGGAGAGACAGGAAAAUGUAAGAUUAAUGAAGAUGACACAGGACAAAGAGGAAGUAAUUGGAAAACUGAAGGAAGAAAUUGAUUUAUUAAACAGAGACCUAGAUGAUAUAGAAGAUGAAAAUGAACAAUUGAAGCAAGAAAAUAAAACCCUCUUAAAAGUUGUUGGACAGCUGACAAGGUAGAAGAUUCACGCCUCAAUGAGGAAAGAUUUAAAAACUACUGAUUGAACGUUAAGGUCAAUAUAGUAAUACUUCCUGUGUUGCAGUAUGUUAUAAUAACUGUCUUUAUAUUUAUUUUAGGAAACCAGAUGAAUGUUUAUUUUCAUAGUACUUUCUUCUUGCAAUGAAUGGCAUCAAAACUGGGGUAUAUCUUCAGCUUUCAUUUCACAGAAGAAUGAUCGAAAUUUUUGUCAUACUACAAAAUUCUAAAUUCAAAAAUUUGGGGUUUUUCUAUCUUCAGAUCACAUCUGGAUAUACCAGGGUAGUUAAAAGCUCAUGGCACCAAGAUCACUUUCGGUCCGUGUAGGUGUACAUUUUUGAAACGAAUGAAAGCAAUACAAAUAAGCUUUGUUUACACAGAUCCAAAAUAUAUUUUUGUGAAAUAUUUCCUGUUUUCUUUCAGCAGCUGUAAAGUGGAUGCCUUAUUCCUGAUGUAUAACAUUUUGCAGAUUGAUUACUUGCUCUAAAAGCUCUUGUAAUGUUGAGGGGUUUUUUACUGUAUCUGAAAGAAUGACAAUAAUAGAGUAGUAGCGAUAUUUUUCUGUAUAGCAGUAUUUUGUCAGGAGGGGGAGUUUUUAUUAAUAAAAUAAAUCACCUGUGGUAUCAGCAUUAAUGAGUUCUUAGAAUCACAUUGAAGUCGUGCAGUUUAUUUUAAAGCUUUUGCUUUAGCAGUGAAAUGCAAUUUUACUAUCAAGCAGUAAAUUUGUUUGCUGUGUUGAGAAUACAAACAAAGCCUGGAGCUUUCAUUUUCAGAAAGACACUUCUGCAACGCGUUUCUAUUUAAAGCUGUUAUUUUAAGAGUUGUAGUGAUCAUAACCAAUGUGAGUUUUUUAAUGUUUCCAUUUUUAAGCUGGGUCAGAAUUUUUGUACGUACACAAUAAAGUAGAGAGGAAUACAAGUGGUUCACACCCUUUUGAAACGUCAAAUGGUUUUAUAAAAAACCUUUUACUCUUGAUUUUAAACUAACAAGGUAUUUAAGAAGUGCCUGUUUAAAUGUUACAAUCCACUUAUGACUGCGUACCAAUUCUUCUAUAAUGUGAUAGUAGAGAAAAUUUUCAUUUUAUAUAAAACACAGAUUUAAUUAAGUGUCCUUCUUAAAACCCUUUUAAAGCUGAAAUUUGAUGUACUUUAUUUUAUCUUAAUACAUCUAUUUCAUUCUUAAUCAGAAGAAAUAUAUACUUCAUUUGAGUCAGAAGACCUGAAAGAAAAGCAUUUCAAAGAGUCCAGGCUUUUUCUUGCCAGUUUUGAGGUUUGGUGCAUGCAUGUAGCUUUUGUUAUGUUAAAACUUAAAGGCAACUUUAAUACGUAUCAGAUUUGCCAAUUACUUCCAUACAAUAUGUUUAAUGACUGUAAGAGAUUCUUGAACUUCAAAUUCAGGAUUUAUUAUUAUGCGUCGGAUUGUUUUGACUACAGGAUGUUACGUAUGUGUAUUCUAACGAGCAAGAACUUUUCAGAGCUUUAAAGUAUUUUUCAAGAAGUAUUUUUCACGAUAUUCCAGGUUGCCUUGAAGUUUUUCUUCAUAAUGGAAGAGAUAUCCCAUGGGGCAUCAUUAUCUCAAGUUUUUAAAUGGAAUGGAGGGGGGAGGUGUAUUGCCCCUCUAAACUAUGACAUUGGGCAGUGAAUAUUUGUCUUAAUAUGAGUCACACAGUAAGAAGAAGUCCCUUCAUUUAUCACUUUCAUAAAGUUAAUGGAAAGUCAUAAAAUCAUUUGAGUUGUAUGCUUUCUGAAUAAAUACGCAACUUUCUCUGGAAGAGUAUUUCAUUUCCUUCUGCGUGUGCUGAGUAGGAAAUAUACAGACAGAUCUAAGAUGUGGGACGUCAAACUUACUGAAACAUCUUUGAGGUCUUAAUUCAGGAACAUAGGUACUAAGUUGUAAAUUAGAUAUUUCAUAAACUGUAUUUCACAUACAUUUUAAACCAAAGAACAGUGACGACAAAGAAUAUAAACAAGAAUUGUUUGUCGUCAUAUUUACCUCUUCUUGGUUUGCGUGUGUAUUGAAUAAAACUUAGCAGCAGAAACCCCAAAGUUAGAAUUUCUUUUUUAACCUGGACACAGAGUUGUGAUGGUAUUACUUAGCAGAAAACCUACGAUACUGCACCUUGAAUGGGCAAGGGAAGUUUCCAAGUAUUUGAAAAUAGUCCUUUGGGCAGAAAGUGUGAACAAUGGAACUGCUGGGAACUCACACCUAAGGUUACUUCAGGACGUUACUGUUUGAUUUGUAUACAGAUGUUCUGUAUACAAAUAUAAAAAGCUUCAUAGUACUAAAAAUACCCACAAAUUGUGUCUUCAAUCGUAACUUUUAUGCUGACCUUUGUGAAGAAUCGAUAGCUUUUUGAAAGGCCUUUUUCAAUAAUAAUUUGUUACUACUUACGUUAUCAGUCUCUUGGGAGAAGUUUCGUAGACUCUAGGAAGAAUGAUUUAUUAUUUAGAAUGUUAUUAAUCACCUAGUCAUUGCUUGCCAUAAUAGUUUUAUUUCAGUAGGGUGUCCUUAUAAUCAAGCUCAAUCAUACACUAAGUUUUUAUCCUAGGUGAUUCAAAUAUGUUAAAUGAGCUACUUUGCCAGCAAUUCAGGAACGAGUGUCCCCACGCUCUCCAAAUCAACACCUCAGUUGUUCUCAGCAGAUGCACUGCUGCAAGCGGGAAGCCACCUCGUGUGGGUAGGCUGUAUGAUUCCGGGAUCCCACCUAGGCUAAAUUAACAUACCUAGGCUAAAUUAACAUACCUAGGCUGAAUUAGAGCUUUUUUUUCAAGGGUGCAUUGCUAUGCAAUAUUAACUGUAUGGAUGACUCUCCUGGAGAUUUCUGAAAUUUCCUAUCUUCUGAUUUGUACCAGACUUGCCUGGGUCUAGCAUCUGUGUUUCUAGGUACAUGAAUCAUCUAGGAAAUUUAAACAGAAAAAAAAUCCCUGUUGACUAAAACACAUGACAGAAAAUGCUUUAAUAACAAACAGCACACAAUGCCUGCUUUAAAAAUGCAAAACUGUACUCUUUUUAUGGUCACGUCCUGUUGUAUAGAAGACAGGCACUGUGAGUGCUGAAGGUUAAAAUUCUGCAAAAAUAUUUUUAUUGUUGAUUAUACACACUAAUGUUUGUGGGAUUUGUUCUUCAGAAGUAGAAAAUUAAACAUUUGUAAAUGUUGUUGAUUUUUUAUAAGGAAAUUCAACAUUGUGCAUUUUUUCAUUUUAAAAUAAGUGGCCAUGUUUAAGUUCAGUGUUACUUGCUAUAUAUAUUAACCAGAGGAGUACAAUAUUUGCAAAUGAGUGUUUUUUUCUGUCUUAGAAGCAAAAAUUUUGUGUUAAUUACCCAACUUGUAUUGACACAUUCUGAGAUUAAUAUACUUCUCUUGGCUCUGAAUUUGGAAGACAGACUGAAAAAAGAGGGUUACAAGAAACCAAUGAGGGAAUUCCGAGGUAGGAAGUAUAACCUAAUGAUUUGGUUUUUUAUUAUUCAGCUGUACUGAGAAUUAGCUGUGGAAGGACUUGUGAUUGGCGCAAGCACUACAAAGAGAGACAGGGAUGUAAGUACAUUGGAAAACAAAUGAUUAAUCUGCAUCACAGUUUUUUUCUGUGUGUCUGGUAACCUUACCACUUGGAAACUUGCUACUGUAAGACCAGAAAGAGUACUGGAGAUCAAAUUACUUUUUAACCCUUUGCUAGGAGGGCAGAGUUACAUUGACUCCAGCUAUUUUAUAUUUUUUCUGUAAGUUUUUUGUGUCUAUUUCCAGCUUGAAUUUGAACAAAUCAGUAUUAGUAGCCAAGAGGAGAGGUAAUAAUUGGGAAAGAAACAGACUAUACAUUCAUAUGACUGGUCAGUAUUUCUUGAGUUUAAACCCUUUAUGAAGGUGUCUGUUCAGUUUGUCCAUUUUCAUCAGUAUUAAUGAUCAUAAACAUCUGUCAGUUUUAGUAACAACCACUUUAAUUAGAGAAGCAGCCAUUGCAAGCCAUGACUUACACACGUACAAUAACAUAAAUUUGUGCUACUUCCUUAGUUCUGAGACAAAGGAGCUAAGACUGUGUUUAAAAAAUCUGUUAAGCAAGAAAAUGAAUUCUACAUCUUGUCACAUAAUUUGAUACGGAUCCUCUCUGCUAAAAGUUCACAACAGAUCUGUUCCAAGUCAAUCAAUCCAGUUUCAGUGCCUCCAUAUGGAGUGUUUCUACUUGUGUUAUUAAGCAUUUCUGUGUCAUAUGUCCAGGAUAUAAAGGACUUUGUUAAUUAUUUUACAUACCAUUCCCAAUCUUCCAGGUAUGGUGACUUACUGUAUAAUUCUCCAUCUACCAUUUUUCCUUGUACUGCAGCAGGUGUACAUUACACUGUUAAUUUAAUCCUUUUGUUUUUAUUUCUGGAUUUGUGGUGUGACUUUUCUUGUUCAAGGUUCUGGCUAGUUGUAAUUUUCCUGUUCUGAAAAAAAUUGUGAUAGUUGACUUUUCCUCUGAAAAUAAUCUCCUAAUGCAGAGUCUUUUUUAUAAAUAUCCUUUUUAUGCAUUUAAGAAGUUGAAGCACCACUGAAUAACUGAAUACCCAUUUUAGUUUUGAACACUGACUAGUUGUAAUAUUAUCUGUGGUAUCAGAUGAAAUUUGAUGUUGAGAUUUACUAUUGCAGGUAAAAGAUAUGCAUUUAAUCUAACAAUAAAGACUGUGUGCCUUUGUCCAAAUAAAAGAAAAUUCUUUUUAA